AUGUCACUUGAGGUACUGCCGGUCGAAUUACUUCAGGCGAUCCUGAAGCAACUGUGUCCGAGGGACCUCGCUGCCCUCUCUUCUAUCUCGCGACCUAUCUACCCAGUAGCCAUGCGCGAGCUGUACACGUCCAUCACGCUGAACAAGAGGAAGCAAUCCAGGCUGCUGGCCAAAAGUCUCAAGCACCGUCCUGCGAAAGCCAGUUUCGUCAAAUAUCUGGUUGUGGGUUCAAGUAUCACGUACGUGUUUUACUAUCAUGCCGUAGCGAAUGGCCUACUAAAAUUGCGUACGGACAGUGAUGCCGUCAAAGCGUUGCCCGACAUUGUCAAGCACUUGGAUCAGCUCAAGCAUUUCGAGAUCACCGCAGACGAAAUAUCUUCCAAGAGGCUAAACACCGUCAUCCAUGCAUUGAAAGCGGAGCAACUCACGCACCUGACACUGCUUACGGACUUGCAACCGAUCGGAGACCUCGUCGAUUUUAUUGUCGGCAGACACCCCAACUUGCAGGAGCUCCAUCUUUCGCCCCACGCCCUCUGUGGAGACAAGAUCCCAACACUCGCAUUGACAAAACUAGAGGAAUUUGUCGGCCCAAGUUGGUGCUUCAGCCGACAAACCGUCGAGAUGCCCCUCUUUCAAGUGUCCAUUGCUUGGAGCGCGGAGGCACCAGAAGCGGGCACAGAGGAUAUCAUCAGGUCCCUUGCAACGUCGUGUAAGGACUCCCUGAAAGUGCUUUGCUGCAGUAAACCCGGACCUUGUGAGGAAUUAGUGGACGCAAUCACAACCUCCUUUCCGGACCUACGAGGCCUCGAGAUAUCAAGCUCGGUCAUCAUUAACUCGCCCAACACCGUUAAGCGCCUAGCUACAUCCCUAGCAAAGAUGCAGGAAUUGAUCGCACUCAGCUUCAACCCGUCACUUGUCCUGAGUGAUCAGCGUCGAGGAGGCAUAGACCUACUCCAAAUAGUCGACAACGCGAAAGCUAUAAGAUCACUCUCUUGCUGUGGCGUAUCAUGGUCAAAGGUAGACAACCGUUGGGUGCACGUCGAAAAGAAUUGUUGA